UCGGACUGCUUGCUACUAGCUAGCUUAGUUGGAACGUUAGCUUAGCUAGUUGGUAAACACGGCUAGCGUGUAAACUACUAGAAGCAAUUUCGCAAUAAAUGAGCGCUAAAAGCCGACGUUGAACACUGCAAACAAGAUAUAUGGUAACUUUGUAAGCAGUAAUUGUAACAGUGCAUCCUCGCUAUUUAGGAUGCUAGUUAGCCUCUCGGUAGCGUCAAUGGAAUGUCUCAGGCUACGAAUUAAAGUUUAACUGUCUAUUUACCAUGAACACAAGCAUAAUAAUAAUGUCAAACACCAGUUGUGAUGUCUUAUUAUAGGUAAGGGAUUAAGCCUAUUUAAAUGAAAUCGUUUGAACACAACCGUUUAAAUUUACAUGGAAGAACAUCUGUAUAUUCUUCCAACAAUCUAAUAAACUAAUAUUGUGAUGUUGUCGUACUUUACUGCAAAUUCUACUAAGUAUAUUACAAAGUAUCAGCAUAAGUCUACCGUUUUAUCAACAGAAAAACCUUUCAUAGCCAACUAUGAAGUGUAAAUACUCUUGUGUAUAAUGUAUCCAGAGGUGGCCCCAUUGUACAAAAUAAUAAGGACUCAAGAUAUGACUGGAAACCACAAAGUCAGGGAAAUUGCAGUAAUACAGCAGUGUAGAAAUGAGGGGACAAGCAAACGGCUGUAGCAUGAAGGCCACAGACGUAAGUCAGUCCAUCCAUCUAUUUUCUGUGGGGUGUGCUGGAGCCUAUCCCAGCUGACUUUUUGGGCGAGGGUCGGGGUACACCCUGGACUGGUCACAGACAGCGGAUGCUCCGCCGCCACUCCCCAAGAUAAACCAGACGCAGCAGAGCAGCCCUGACGUUGUAGCAGUAAUGUCCCCCAAAGUGCCAGGCGGCCAAGGCAGAGGAGAAUAUUCUUCAGUUCAAGUUGCGGUCCGAGUGCGUCCGCUGCUGCCUAAAGAGAUCCUUCACUGCCAUGAGACCUGCAUCACUCUGGACUCUGAACUCCAGCGGGUCACCCUGGGUCACGACAGACACUUCCUUUGCGACUUCCUGCUUGAGGAAACCUGCUGCCAAGAGGAGGUGUAUUCUGUGUCAGUGCAGCCUCUGAUAGAUUCUUUCUUCCAAGGCUUCAAUGCCACAGUUUUUGCUUAUGGUCAGACAGGCUCAGGGAAGACUUACACCAUUGGAGAAGCGAAUAUAUCUUCAUUUCGAGAUGAAGAGCAGGGCAUCAUCCCCAGGGCUGUUGCAGAUGUCUUCAAGCUGCUGGAUGAAAAUGACCUUACAGAAUUUUCAGUCAGAGUUUCCUACUUAGAGGUCUACAAAGAGGAAUUUAAGGACUUACUGGAGGUUGAAACUGCAAGCAAGGACAUCCACAUCCGAGAAGAUAAAGGCAAUAUUGUCCUGUGUGGUGUAAAGGAGUGUGAAGUGGAGGGUCUUGAUGAGGUGUUGAGUUUACUGGAAUCGGGAAACACAGCAAGACACACUGGUGCAACCCAAAUGAAUCCAAACUCAAGCCGCUCCCACACCAUUUUCACCUUGUACAUGGAUCAGCGGCGGGGGAGUUCACGCCUCUAUGGAAAUGCUACGAGCAACGGAUCACAAAUAUUGUCCUCCAAGUUUCAUUUUGUGGACUUGGCUGGCUCAGAGCGCAUCCUGAGGACAGGCAACACUGGCGAGAGGCUUAAGGAAAGCAUCCAGAUUAACAGUGGCCUUCUUGCGCUGGGGAAUGUUAUUGGAGCCCUUGGGGACCCAAAAAGGAAAGGCUCUCACAUACCAUAUAGAGAUUCUAAAAUCACAAGGAUCCUUAAAGACUCUCUGGGAGGAAAUUCCAAAACUCUGAUGAUAGCAUGCGUCAGCCCAUCCUCCUCAGACUUUGAUGAAAGUCUUAACACUCUCAACUAUGCCACAAGGGCCCGCAAUAUUCAGAAUCGGGCUACGGUCAACUGUAAGCGGGAGCCAGAUCGUGUGGAAGGACUGGAGCAACAAAUCAAGGCCCUUCGCAGAGCCCUGGAAAACCGCCAUCGUUCAGAGACCCGUAUCAUCUCUCAUGCUGAUCCUAACAGGAGGUUGCGACUUGGCGAAGGAGAGAUCAGUAGGCUGCAAGUCCAAAGUGCACAUUAUCGGACCUGCACGGACACUGCUUACAGAUUGCUACGCGAGCUGCAGAGUGAAGGCGCCUUGACUGCGGAACAAACUUUGAAAGUGAAGGAGUGGAUCUGCUCAGUGGAGGAGGAACAAAGUAGACUGACGACUGCUUCUGGACCAGACAGCGGGAUCGAGAACAGCUCCACAGAGGAAAGUGUCGCUUUAAAAAGGGAAAGGCCUUCCAUGAACAACCAGGAUACAGACACUUUGGAGGAGAGGUGGAGCUAUGAGCAUGACUGCGUGAAAGAUGGAGAGAAGGAUGAGCAUGCUGUAGCCAGGCUUCAAGCCCAGGUACUGCACCUGGAGAGAGAGAAUACAGACUUCCUGGCAGCUCUGGAGGAUGCUAUGGAACAAUAUAAGCUGCAGAGUGAUAAGCUGCAGGAGCAACAGGACUUGAUAGCAGAGUUGCAGUGUCUGCUUUCCAAUCCUGGGCUACAUGGCCUGGGUCUAAAUUUAUGUUCACGGCCACACACCGCCCCAAUGGGGUCCAUGCAACAUAACUUGAAUGGAGGUUUGCAGGUUACUAAUCAGGAUGUCUGCCUCUAUGAGGAGCAGAAGACCUCAGAUGGAGCAGAAAUCCAUGGAGUCGAAGAAGAGGGAAGUCAGUCAAAUCUGGCCAGAGUAAGACGAAGGCAGGUGAACCAAACCUGGACCAAGAAGGACAUUCUUUCAGUUGGACGAGCAGUCAUAGGCAAAGGGCCCAUAUCUCAGCUGCCUGAGCCCAACCAGCAUUCAAGUUUAGCUAGAAAAGCAUCUAGCGCCAGCAUGGGGGAGACAUCUGUACGUGACGUGUUGAGAGGCUUCGAAGGUGUUUCCGAAUGGGGCCUUCUUCAGGCCCAGCAGAAGAUUCGGGAACUGUCAGUCACUAUCCGCAUGAAAGAGGAACUCAUUAAGGAGCUGGUCAAAACGGGUAAGGAUGCUCAGUCUUUGAACAGGCAGUACAGUCACAAGAUCACAGCUCUAGAAAGUGAGGCAUUGCAGGCGCGACAGGAGCUGCAGGAAGCCCAAAGGCAACUUCAGGACCUGGAGAGGCAGGAGAGAGAGAUCAGCACCACAGACAAGACCCGUGCUCAGGAAUGUCGACGAAAAAUAGCGGCAGCUCAAAGCAAAGUUCAGGUUCUCAGUCAGCGCCAGAGGGAUACAGCCCAUCUUGCGAAUUUGCCUGCACAGAGUGAGCGUCGUGUGCUUGAGCUGGAGCGCAGUGUUCAGUCUAUGAGGCAACAACAGGAACUUCUACAGAGGCGGCUGCGUCAGGAAAGUCAGCAGAAACGACGUCUGGAGACUGAGAUGCAGCGCAGAACUCACAGAGUCAAGGAACUUGAGAUAAAGAAUGAGCAACAGCAAAAGAUCUUAAAGAUUAAGACGGAGGAGAUUGCUGCCUUCCAGAGGCAAAGACGCAGUGGCAGCAACGGCUCUGUCAUCUCGCUGGAGGAGCAACAGAAGAUCGAGGAGCAGAAACGUUGGCUGGAUGAGGAAAUGGAGCGUGUGCUGGAGCAGAGGCGAGGGCUUGAAGAUCUAGAAGGAGAGCUCACGAAAAGAGAGGAAAUCUUGGCCAAGAAAGAAGCCCUGUUACAGGAACGCAGUGGGCUUGAAACCAAGAGGCUGCGCUCCAGUCAGGCACUGAGUAAGGAUCUGGUGACGCUAACAGGACGCAUCGAAACGCUGGAGCGCGAGUUGAGUGAGAGGAAUGGUCUCCUUCGCAGCAGCAGUGCUCAGGACUCCCAACAGAUUCGACAAGAAAUCUCCAACCUGCGUCAAGAGAAAGACUCUUUGCUGAAACAAAGAGUGGAGCUGGAUGAUAAGCUGCGGCAGGGCAACCUGCUCUCACCCGAGGAGGAGCGAACUCUCUUCCAGCUGGAUGAAGCCAUUGAAGCUCUAGAUGCAGCAAUCGAGUAUAAGAACGAGGCCAUCACUCAGAGGCAGAGGCAGCUCAGGGCAUCAGCCAGCAUGCUCUCCCAAUGGGAGAUGAAUCUCAUGGCCAAACUCAGUUACCUGUCUGCCUCUGAGACUCGAGCUCUGCUGUGCAAGUACUUUGACAAGGUGGUGUCUCUGCGCGAGGAGGAGCGGAAGCUGCAGCUAGCUCUCGCUGAGCUAGAAAUGCAGUUGGAUGAGAAGCAGCAGCUGGUGCAGUGGCUGGAGAACGCUCUAGAUCGCACUCAGCUCGACACCGACCGUAGGCUCACUCAGCAGCAGAAGGAGCACGAGAGGAGCGUGCAGCUUUUACUGCAGCAGUGUCGUGAGCAAAUGGACGAGGGCCUGGCAGGAAGGCAGCGGCAAUAUGAGGGGUGGAUCCAUGGCCUCAGCAAGGAGCUUAACCACUACAAGGCGGUAAAUCUGGAACUUGGCAACAAACUCAGGGAGCUCUGUGGCUCAGUCAGCCAGCCGAAGGAGCAAGUCAAAGUGGUGUCAUCUGAUGGCAAACCACUAGGUGUCAGCAGUGUGGAUAUUCAUGGAGGAAGAGGGACUCCAAUGACUGACAAACCUCCCAAAUCCAGAGAGGAAAUGCGGGAGCUGGUGAAUGCCCCUCUCCCAUCCACAUGGAGGCGCUCCUCUCUCCCUACCGAGGAGCCCGCCAUCAUGGAGGAGCUGUGGCUGCGAACGGCCUCUGACGUUCCUGUCAACCGCGUAGUUCAAAGUGGGUCCAUCUCUCCCAGCAUGCCAACGUCGCUGCCUGCUGUGAAGUCUCGGCGGGAGUCUCGUCGCAGCAGCCUCAAUAUCGGACCACUCAUUUCAAACACUUUCAUGGAAAUGCGGAAAAAUCUUGCCUGAAAACAAUAAGACAAGAGAUUUUCUCUGAGGUUUCAGAAAGAUUUGUGUGUGUGAUACAUUUUUUUGUAUGUGUAUUUAAUUUUCUCAUGGACUGAAUUUUUUUAUACAAAGCACUUUGACUAAGGUAGUUUCUGUUUCAUUAAGAUGUAUGAAAUAUGGCCUCAUCAACUUGAAAGACGGACAUCAAUUAAUGUCAUUGAUACAGAAUAAGAGUAAUUUGCUGUCAAGGUCUGUUGUACUCUCGCAUUUUACAGUAUUUUAUAUUAAAACGUUUCAUUUCCUAAAAUUCAAGUGGCCUUGACAGGUAUUUUUGUCUCUAUUGGCUACUCUUAUCUGAGCUGUAGGAGGCGUGUAAACUCCUGCAUGUGUUAGAGUAAUAUUGCAGAAAUAGAUCGAAGCAGAGUACUGUUUAAGUAAAAUAUAUUCCACGUUUUAAUGUUGUCAAUAAGUGUUUAAACGGCCAAAUAGGUGAAGAUGGUUCCUUCUGGGGAGAUUACCAUUAAACUGAUGGUGACCUUUGAACUUAUUCACAAGAUGGCUUAAGAACAAGAUGCUGGUAUGAAGGCUGCAUGUCAUGUUUUCUGAAGUUUUUAAGUCUUUGUACAUGCAACUGAGUCUAAAGUCACAUU